UACAGGUGGUGGGUGGAUAUCCGUGAGGAUCCCCGUGCUGAUUUAUCCGCUAUCACCUGGACGAGGUUCAAGGAAUUGUUAUUGACUACUUACUUUCCUCAGAGUGUAAAGAGACAGAUGGAGAGGGAUCUGAGAAACCUGAGGCAGGGGGACAGGACAGUGGCAGAGUACGAGCGAGAGUUCUCCCGAUUACUGCACUGUGUUCCUUUUGUAGUUCGAGAUGAUGAGGACAAGGCUCGUAUCUUUGAGGUAGGUUUGCGACCUGCGAUUUUUAGAUUGGUCCAGGCGUCAAACCUAUCUACUUACUGGGAUGUAGUGAACCGGGCCUUGAUCGUUGAGAAAGGGGCGGAGAUUAUGAAGGAAAGGGAUGUUGUGGAUCGAAGUAAAGGAAAGAGACCAGCGGCUGAGAGCAGUGGUCAGCAAUCUUUCAGGAGACCGCCAAAGUAUCCGAGGGGCCAGACGGGCCAGUCAGGUCAGUCGAGGGGUCGAGGUUCUUCAGCACCCCGUGGAGCACCCGAGCGUCGUCGACCACCACGCUGUGUUAUCUGUGGUGGGCCUCACGUACCGCCACAGUGUCCACAGCGUGGGGGCAGGUGUUUUCUUUGCGGCCAGGAGGGCCACUUUCGCUCAGAGUGCCCGAGAGGUUCUUUGCCAGCACCCUCAUCAGCGACUGCACCUGCAUCUUCAGCUCCGAGCCAGGGGACCCCGACAGCGCCUUAUCAGUCUAGGCGACCAUCAGGACAGCGGCAGUCGGAGAGUUCACAGCAGGGUUCGAGUGGGCGGAUGUAUGCCGCCCAGACUGAGGGCGCCGCAGCAGCACAGGAGGUCGUAGCAGGUUCUCGAACCACUUGGAGCUUAUUUGGUGAGCUUGGAAGCUGGUUCGGAAGGUAUUCUAACCUGAGCGGGAGCUCGACCGACCUUUGGGUCAUCCUUGGUUGGCUUUGGGAAGCCUUUAGAGACUUAAUUGGAGCAGCAUUGGGGCUUCGUUGAGCCGUUUGUGGGACUUCUUGUGGAUAAUUGGAGCCUUGUACUAGAGCCUGUUACAGGAGAGGCUAGGGAUCGUGGCAAGGGAGUCGCGCCUAGCUAGGGACUA